AUUCAGUUAUCAAUUCCCACCUACCUUUAAAAGUUGAGACAGAGAGAGAAAAAUGAUGAAUGUUGCUGAAGUGCUUCACAUGAAUGGAGGAAAUGGACACACCAGUUAUGCCAAAAACUCCCUUCUUCAGCGAAACGUGAUACAUAUGACAAAGCCCAUAACACAGCAAGCUAUGACAAGCCUCUACACCAGCCUCGACAACCCUAAGACCAUUUCCAUUGCAGAUUUGGGCUGUUCCUCUGGCCCCAACACUUUCCUCGCAAUCUCCAACCUCGUCAAAGCCGUCGACGACCACCGGAAGAAGCUCCGGCGCCCACAUUCUCCGGAGUUUCAAAUUUACUUAAAUGACCUUCCCACCAACGACUUCAACACCAUUUUCCAGUCAUUGCCAAAACAUGAAGAGGAUUUAAGGAGGGAGAUAGGAGAGGGCUGUAGGCUGUGCUACUUCAAUGGAGUUCCUGGUUCAUUUUAUGGAAGGCUUUUCCCCACCAACAGCCUCCAUUUUGUUCAUUCUUCUAAUAGUCUCAAUUGGCUAUCUCAAGUACCUAAAGGAAUAAAAGAAAACAAGGGCAACAUUAUUUGCGUUGCAACUGCAAGUCCACCAAAUGUCAUAAAGGCAUAUUAUGAUCAAUUUGAAAGCGAUUUUUCUACUUUCAUCAAGUGCCGCUCUAAAGAACUGGUUAAUGGUGGGAGAAUGGUUUUGACCAUGCAGGGCAUAAAAAGUGAAAAUACUACUUUUUAUAUUUGGGAGCUCCUAGCUUUAUCAAUUAAUGAUCUAGUUCUAGAGGGUCUUGUUGAAGAAGAGAAAUUAAAUUCGUUUAAUUUUCCUCUAUACCUGCCAACUCUAGCAGAAAUAAAAUUUCUAGUUGAGAAGGAUGGCUCCUUCACUAUUGAUCGCUUGGAGGCUUCCCAAAUUCAUUGGACUGGAAUUGGAAUUGAUGAUAAUGAUGACAAUACUACUAUUAGUGACGAGGAUAUUAAUGGUGCAGGGAACAAUGUUGCCAUGUUCAUUAGAGCUGGUCUUGAGCCUGUGCUUGUUAGCCACUUUGGUGAAGGAAUAAUUGAUGAAUUGUUCCACAGAUACAGCAAAAAGAUUGCUCAUUCCAUGUCCACCUACCCGGAGAAAGCAAAGUUCACUAGUGUUACUGUCUCCAUGACUAAAAUUUAAUUAAAUAAGGGUUAGGUCAAUCUAUAUUGUCCAUCACUAGCUGCACGGUGUGUGAUAUAUGAUUAUCUUAAAGAAUAAGGACACUAGACCAAGGUCCAAUAUCUUGUGUUUUCUGUACGUGUUGAGACUUUUAUUAUGUUUUAAUGUAUUCCUGCAUCUAAAUAUUCUAUACCCAAAAAAUUGUAUUGUUUGGAUCUAAUUAUUAAUAAAGCCAAUCGAUAUUGUUUCAAAA